UGGGCACACUGCGCAUCGCAUCCACAACAAAAAACGCGCGAAGGUUUGGGCAGAAAACGCAAAACACCGCCGCGAUAACAUCCUCGCCAGCAGCGGACCGCAUCCUACAGAUCACAGUAAACAAACUGAACACAAUUGCACAACAUGCUCUGCGAGGAUCAGCACAUGUCCGUGGAGAACACACCGCAGAAAGGCUCCGGCAGCCUGAAUUCCUCAGCAUCCUCAAUUUCGAUCGAUAUGAAGCCGACCAUGCAGAGCUGGGCCCAGGAGGUCCGCGCGGAGUUUGGCCACAGUGACGAGGCCUCCAGCUCCCUGAAUAGCAGCGCUGUCAGCUGCGGUUCCUUGGCCAAAAAGGAGACAUCCGACGGUAAUCUUGAGUGCAAAGAGGGCGAGGGCCGGGAGAUGGCUUUUGAAUUCCUGGAUGGCGUCAACGAGGUAAAGUUCGAGCGCCUGGUCAAGGAGGAGAAGCUAAAGACGCCCUACAAGCGCCGACACUCGUUCACGCCGCCCAGCAACGAGAACAGUCGCUCCAACAGUCCGAACAGCAGCAACUCCUCGGCCAACGGAGAUGCAGCUGCGCCCAAAGGCGGCAACAAUCAGCAUUCGAGGAACGCAAACAAGUCUGGCUACUUCAGGGCCCACAAGGAGGAGAAACGGGUGCGCCACAACAGCUACACGUCCUCCACAUCAUCCUCCUCCUCCUACACCGAAGCCGAUCCCGCCAUCCUAAGUCGCAGGCAGAAGCAAAUAGAUUACGGAAAGAAUACUGCCGCCUACGAGCGCUAUGUGGAAAUGGUGCCGAAGGCCGAGCGGACUCGCGAACAUCCGCGCACCCCGAACAAGCACGGAAAGUACAGCCGCCGCGCCUUCGACGGUCUCGUGAAGAUCUGGCGCAAAAGCCUCCACAUCUACGAUCCACCUACCCAAGCGCGCGGCACGGCCAAGGACAGCAAUUCCGACUCGGAUUCGGACUAGGAUCGAAUCUUGUUACCGGGCCGGGCUAUGUUUUUCAAAUAUUAUCGGGGGUUUACCUACUUAUUUUUAUUCUAAGUACAAAGUCGAGCUAACUAAAACUAUGAAUCAAACGCGCAUCUUCGAGUCACAAGGCCGUGUGCACAGAAUUGUUACGCAGAUGUUUUGUUGAAUAAAAUGGCGUCUUACAAGA